AUGGGCGAAUUGACCAAUGGCAGUGCCACCAGCACGCGACAACAAUGGAAACAUUCAAACCGAAUAUACGCUGCGCUGAGCGGGAGGUCUAUACGGUUCCAUGUUCUUGUUGAUGGUGAAAAUGGCGCCGAAAUUGGCGCACACAUUCCCUCUUUUGUCACCCUCGAUCAGGUACCGGUGGAUGUGAAGUUCAGAAAGGCAAAGUACAAGGCCAGGGCAUUUGAGUUCUUCCGGCUCAAGUACAAAUUCUCCAAGGAGGACUGGGUGCUACAUCUUGAUGAAGAGUCGGAGAUAGAUGACCGAGUCAUCGAGAAGACGCUGGAGUUUAUUGAGAGAGGCACGGCUGAUUUUGGAAUGGUACGUACCAGCAAAAUUGGGAAGAAAAUGGACUAA